AUGUAUAUUAAAAAGAUUGUUAUUCAAGGGUUUAAAACCUACAAGAAUGCAACCAUCAUUGAUGCCUUCUCUCCCCAUCAUAAUGUUGUAGUUGGGAGAAAUGGUUCAGGGAAAUCCAAUUUUUUCACUGCAAUUAGAUUUGUUCUAUCUGAUGCUUACACUCAGAUGUCCAGAGAGGAACGUCAGGGUUUGAUCCAUGAGGGUUCUGGCACUGUCAUGUCUGCUUACGUUGAAAUUUAUUUUGAUAACUCUGACAAAAGGUUUCCAUUGGACGAAACUGAAGUUGUUAUCCGUAGAACAAUUGGUUUGAAAAAAGAUGAUUAUUCUUUGAACCACAAAUCUGCUCAAAGAACUGAUAUUAUGAAUUUACUAGAGAGUGCAGGCUUUUCUCGUUCCAAUCCUUACUAUAUUGUUCCACAAGGUAAAAUUACUGCGUUGACCAAUUCGAAAGAUCCCGAACGUUUACAAUUACUAAAAGAAGUUGCUGGUGCCAAAGUCUUUGAACAAAGAUUGAAACAGUCUUUAAAAGAAAUGGCUUCAACAAAUAAACAAAGAAAGGAAAUUGACGAAAUGUUGACCUUUAUUGAAGAAAGAUUGGCAGAUUUAGACUCUGAAAAGGAUGAAUUAAAGACUUUCCAGUCUUUAGAAAAUGACAAAAAAUGUUGCGAGUAUUCACUUUAUGAUCGGGAAUUGACAUCUAUAAAUGAUUCAGUUGAGGCAAUUGAUGAUGAAUAUACUACACAAAUUGACGGCUCGAGUAAAUUUAUAAAUGAUUUAGAAAAAAGAGAAGCAGUUAUUCCUCAAUUGGAAGAAACACUUUCGGAAUUAAGAUCCUCAAUAAAUAUACUUAAAGUUGACAAAGAACAAUCAGAAUCAGAAUUACAUUCUGUAUUAAAAGAAAUUGCUGAGAUUAAUGCAGAAAUUCAGGAAUUAGAAAAGACAUCCAAAAACAUUUCUAAUCAAUCUGAAAUAGAAUCUCUAACAAAAAAAAGACUUGAAAAGGCUAUUAAAGAGAAAGAACAAAAAUUGGCUCAAUUAAAACCAUCGGUUGGACAAAUAUCACUGAAGGAAAAAGAAUUAAGACUAAAAUUAAAUGGCUUAAUAACUAGACAGAGAGCCUUAUAUUCAAAACAAAAUCGUUUUUCAACUUUUAAAUCCAAAAGCGAAAGAGAUGCUUGGCUUAAACAAAAGAUUGAUGAACUAAACUCUCAACUGAGUUUAAAAAAUAAAACUUUAUCAUCAUCAAAAGAUGAUCUUUUACAAAAUGAAAAUAAUUUACAUGAUAUAAUAUCUCAAAUUGAAAAUUUAGAGCUGUCACUAAAUUCGGCAGGGGCUCAUAGAAAACUUGAAGAAGCAUCUAAUAUAUUAAAUGAAGUUAAAGAAAAAUAUACAAAUUUACUAGACGAUCGUAAAAAUCUAUGGAGGGAAGAGGCUCGUCAAAGAGCGAUAGUAGAUUCUGUAAAUGAAGAGCUUUCAAAGGCUAAUAGAUCGGUAUCUGAAACAAUGGAUAGUUCCCAAGCCUCUGGGUUACUGGCGGUUAAAAAAAUUGUUUCAAAACUUGGUCUUGUUGGAGUUUAUGGGCCUCUUGGAGAAUUGAUUGAAGUUAAUGAGAAAUAUAAAACAGCGGUUGAAGUUAUUGCAGGAAAUUCAUUAUUUCAUGUUGUUGUUGAUAAUGAUCAUACAGCAUCAACGGUGAUGGAAGAAUUAGUUCGAUCUAAAGCCGGCAGAGUGACAUUCAUGCCAUUGAAUCGAUUAAAGCCCAAAGAUGUUGUGUAUCCUAAUAGUAAUGAUUGCGUUCCAUUAAUUAAAAAGAUAGUAUAUGAUGAACAAUUUUCGGUAGCGGUUAAACAGGUUUUCAGUCGGAGUGUUGUUGCAAUAUCAUUAGAAAGAGGAUCUGAAAUAGCAAGAGAAUACAAGUUGACAGCGAUUACACUUGAUGGAGAUCGAGCAGAUAAGAGAGGAGUGUUGACUGGUGGUUAUAGAGAUCAAAAGAGAUCUAGAAUAGAUGCGUUAAAUGCGCAACGUCGAAGAAAGAUAGAGACAAAUGAAUCUGAGAGAGGAUUGAAUGAGAUUAUUAAAAAAAUAGAGAAAAUUGAUAAAAGGAUAACUGACGUGAAUUCUGAGGUUAAUUUAAAAGCAGCAAGAUUUGAAAAAUUGAGAAGUGAAAGAGAGCCAUUAAAGAUUGAAUUAUUAAAGUUGAAGAACAAUGAAAGGAUAAUAAAGGAGAAUAUUAAUUCAUUACGAUCAAUGAUUGAAAAUUUGGAGAUAAGUGACAUUCAAAUUCAAUCACAAAAGAGUGAAUAUGAAAAUGAGAUUAGGAGUACAUUUAAACAGGCGUUAGAUUCCAAAGAGGUUUCAGAAUUGAACGAAUUGAAUUUAAAUGUUUUAAAGUUGGAGAAAGAGUUGGAUAAAGUAGCAAACAAAUUGUCUGAGCAAGAGAGCCAAGUUACAACGAUUGAAGCGGAUUUAAAUGAGAAUUUAUAUCCUCGAAGAGAUUCGAUUUUAUUAGGAAAUGGGAAAAUCGAAGGUCUUAGAGGACUUCUGGGGAUUGAAAUGGGAUCUCAAGUUGAUUUUAAAGAAAAAAUGGAUAAGGAACUUGAAACACAAAGAGUGAAGUUGGAAACAUUGAGAAAGCAAGUCAAGGCGAUAAGUAAACGAGUUAAAGAGAUAAGUGGUGAAUUAGAAGAGAGUAAUAAUGAAUUGAAUUCAAAGGAGAAAUUAUUGGGUAAAGCCAGAGAGUCUCAAAGGAAUAUUUUAAGAAAAUUACAAAAUUUUCAAAAGAAUUCUGAAAAAAAUAUUUCAAAGAAAUCCGUUUUAAUCAAAAGACGGGACGAUAUUCAAAGAAAAAUAAGAGAAUUGGGGGUUUUGCCAGAGGAGGCAUUUUCCAAGAAAUAUUCUGAAAUGAAUGGAGACAGACUUUUAAGAAAAUUGAAUCAAAUGACUAAAGAGUUGAGCAAAUACAGUCAUGUAAAUAAGAAGGCGCUAGGGCAGUAUAAUAAUUUUACGAAACAACGGGAUAAUCUUGUGGAACGUCGAAAAGAAUCAGAUCGCUCAAAAAAAUCUAUUGAGGAUUUGAUAACAGCAUUGGAAGAGAGAAAGGAUAAUGCAAUCAGUCGGACAUUUGGACAAGUCUCGAAGGGAUUUUCUGAGAUCUUUGAGAAAUUGGUUCCUACAGGUGCAGGAAAAUUGAUUAUACAAAAAAAGGCAAAUAAUGGGGAUGGAAAUGGAAAUGGAAAUGGGAAUAGUAAUGGUGACGAUAAUGAUAAGCUUGAUUCUAUACUUGAUAAUUAUAUUGGAGUUUCUAUUUCUGUUUCAUUCAAUUCCAAAUCGGAUGAACAACAGAGAAUUGAGCAAUUAUCAGGAGGACAAAAAUCGCUAUGCGCGAUUGCACUAAUCUUGGCCAUUCAGAAGUGCGACCCAGCACCAUUUUAUUUGUUUGACGAAAUCGAUGCCAAUCUCGAUGCUCAGUACAGAACAGCAGUUGCUUCGUUGAUCAACGAGUUGUCAGAAAGUGCGCAGUUUAUUUGCACGACGUUCAGGUCUGAGAUGUUGCAAGUGGCAGAUAAGUUCUUUGGCGUGAUGUUCAACAACAAGAUCUCCAGGGUGAGCGAAAUCAACAGGGACGAAGCAAUGUCUUUUAUCGAGGGCCAGCAGCAACGAGGCUAA